GCAGCAAACAAACAACAAAAAUCAGCAGUUCCAUUGAACUUUUGCUGGAUAGACAUAAUACUGCAGCGAUACAAGCUAUUAAUUACAGAUUAAAAUUAUAGUUGAACAUUCCGCCAUGGAUUUUGAUAAGGAAAAGCAGAGCGAUGAGCUCAUGACUCGCAUUCGGAACGAGCUGACAGCCAUUAUAUCGCAGGAAGCCACUGGCGAUGCCGAGAGGCAGAUAUCAACUGACAUGCUCUUGAGUCCCAAUCCUUCGCCCAUUUUCGGGGCAAUAAAGAAGACUACGAGCGCAAAAACCGGGAAAACCAGGAAGGUGGGCAAGAGCUCGUCGGCAGGCAGAGCAAAGAGUUCGUUGGCGGCAAGCGGUUCAUCCAAAGAUCGCUUGGCGGGAGGAGAUGGCCAGCAUAGGGAGACGAGCGCGACUUCCACUUCCUCCAGCUAUUCGCUGAGAUCGGGCUACGAGCGCCCGCCCACGGAUGCCAGUGCCCGAGCCGAGUUCAUGGAGUCGCAAGCGGCCAAGAGCCUGGACGACGAUGUGCAGAAGAUGCAGCUGGAGCUGAAGAAGAGCUACGAGCUCUUCCAGGGCAUCGGCGAGAAGUUCGAGUCGGUGAACUUCACGGGCCUGAAGAACCGCAUCCGGGACUUGCACCUGAACGAGUCCAACAACGACUUGGGCAAGGCGACGACCGCCGAGCUGCAGAAGAUGUUCGACCAGCGCUUCCUGCAGAAUCGCCUGGACAAGCUGACCACGGACGCCACGAUGGGAUUCCGCCGGCAUCCCGGCGAGUUCGGGGACAUUCCCGAGCUGAGCACCUUCUUCCAGGCGUGCACGCAGCUGGAGCGCGGCUUGGAUGCACUGCGUCAGCAGCGGCGGCGCAACAGCGACCUGGAGAAGCGCCUGUGCUGGGCCACCGAGAUAGCCUACGAUCGCAUGGACGAGAUUCGCAAUGCCAUGGGCUCCGAUCCGGAGAAGAACUUCUGAGUGGCCCAGCCGGAGAUACAUCUAGUUAUUUUGUGGUUCACCCUAGAGUUCAUUACCCGCACACGCACACAGGUGCACCGCACAUGCAUACAUAUAACACCCACACACAUGCGCUUACAGUGCAAUUGCAAUUGA